AUGAAGGAAAGGGAAGGGACACACCAGCAGAUUGACCUAUCAGAAAACUUUAACUCAGUGAUGCCACCAAAAAAGCACACAAUUGCAGAUGCCUGUCGUGUAAUGAAGCGUUAUGGCAUUUCGGGAGCCAAAACAAAGGCAGCGCUUAAGGAACUUCUAAAAUUAUAUGAAAAUAACUGGGAGCUUAUCGUAGAUGAUGAUUACAGAGUACUGCUUGACGUUAUACUGGACAAGAAUUCCAAGGAGGAGAGAGUGGAAAGCAAGGAAAAAGAAACUUUAAUUCAUGAAUCAAAGGGAGUGAAAUCCAAGAAGAAAGAAGCUCCAUCAUAUGAUAAAACUGAAGCUGUUGAACUUCCAACCCAGAGAGUAUACACAAGACAACAGAAGAAACAGGCGUUGUACCUCUCCAAGUCUUGCUCAGACGCAACUCCAUCAAGACACGCACAUCCAAGUGAUGAUGAUCUGUUGUCAGAUUCUUCAUCUGAAAAUAAUCAACCGCCAUUGAGAAAAUAUUCAAUGAAACAACAGGAAGCUUCUUCGAUACUUGAAUCAGAGGGAGUGAAAUCUAAGAACAAAGAAGCUCAAACUGAAGAUGCUGAACAUCCAACAAAGAGAUUAUGCACAAGACAACAGAGAAAACAGGCAUUGUCUCAGUCUAAAUCUUCCUUGGAAACAACUCCAUCAAGAAGUGCACAUCCAAAUGAUGUUGAGCUGUUAUCAGAUUCUUCAUGUGAUGACCCUCAGCCACCAUUGAGCAAAUAUUCCCUGAAACACCAGGAAGAAGAAGCUAGGAUACGUGAAUCAGUGGGAGUGAAAUCCAAGAACAAAAAAGCUCUAUCAUAUGAUAAAACUGAAGAUGUUGAACUUCCAACCAAGAGAUUAUGCACAAGUCAGCGGAAAAAACAGGCAGUGUCUCUCUCCAAAUCUUCCUUGGAAAAAACUCCAUCAAGAAGUGCACAUUCGAAUGACAAUCUGUUUUCAGAUUCUUCAUCUGAAGAACUUCAAACCCUAUCCAGAAGGACUGUCCUAAGACAUCAGGAAGAAGAAGUUUUGAUUCACGAAUCAAAGGGAGUGAAAUCUGAGAACAAGGAAGUGCCAUCGUAUGACAAAACUGAAGUUGAUGCUUUUUCAACCAAGAAAUUAUACACAAUACAACAGGAAAAAAAGUCACGUCCCUUCUCUAAAUCUUGCUUGGAAACAGCUCCAUCAAGAAAGGCACAUCAGAAUGAUGAAGAUAUGUUUUCAGACUCUGAAGAAUCUGAGGAAUGUGUUCCACUAUUGAGAACUAACCGGAGAAACCACGAAGAAGGUGCUUUAGUCAUUUGGAAGAACUUAGAUCCUGUGCAUAGCUGCAAUCCAGGGGUGGCAGAAAAUCUCAAUGUGAUAUUGUUACAUGAUUCUUCAUAUUAUGAUGGUUGUAAUGCUGAUGAUGGUGAAGACAGCUCAGGGUUACUGGAAGUGGAACCAUUGAAUGUGGACAAUAGAGAUAGUGUUUCUGAUUUAUCACAGAUGGAUGUUUCAUCAUCUCCUCCAACAGGAGAGGUGAAAAUUCCUUUGAUUGGUACCUCUUCUCCACAGCAUGAUUUCCAUCUGCCAAAUUGUGAUGCAGCGGUAGAAGUGGUGGAAGGGAGAUGCAUAAAAUCAUAUAGGAAUGGGGAAUCCCAUUUGGCAAUAGAAACUAAUUCCACUGUUGAUAAAAAAACAAGACUCAGAGAUUCACCAGAUUUAAAAAUUUCCAAUGCACAAGAUGUUCUUGCCAGAAAAGAUGAUUACCAACGCGAUAAUUGUGGUGCUCCAAGUUUUCCUAGUGAAGUAUUUGUAUUUCAGAAUCUUAUCAAGAUUGUACCCCAUAUACCAAAACAUAUAGUUUUCAGUGGAUUUGAAUGUCUCAACCACUUAAUUGGUUUUACAACUGAGGACAUUGAGAAAAUUUGUGGUGAAAGUGGAAAGAGAUUAAAGGUUCUCCAAGGGCUACAAUCUUCAAAAUUAUGCAAGGUGGAGGCUGCUCAGAACCACCAUUCUUCACUUGGAGUUGUAAAGUCCUGUGUUUAUAUUGAUGACAUAACUAGAGGUGAAGAAAGAGUGAAAAUUUCCCUGGAAGAUGGAAGAAAUGUUGAAGAUCUGCCAACCUUCUUUUACAUCCCUCAGAAUUUAGUUUAUAAGAAUGCCUAUGUGAAAUUUUCACUUGAUCGUAUAUCUGAUAAGGGUUGCUGUCCGCAUUGUUAUGGGGAUUGUCUGGCAUCACCUAUACCAUGUAUCUGUGCUAUUGAAACUAGGGGUGGGUUUGCUUACACACCCGGGGGAUUGGUCAAGGACAAGUUUCUGGAAGACUGUAUAUCUAUGAAACAAGAACCUAAAGAACACAACUACGUAUAUUGUAAAAAGUGCCCACUUGAAAGCUCUAAGAACAGGAAGAGUCCUGUGGCAUGCAAGGGCCAUUUAUAUAGGAAAUUUAUGAAGGAAUGCUGGUCUAAAUGCGGAUGUAACAUGAACUGUGGAAACCGGAUUGUUCAGCAAGGCAUUACUGUGAAGUUGCAGGUGUUUUUGACGCCCGAAGGAAAAGGGUGGGGCCUUCGAACACUGGAGGACUUGCCAAGAGGGGCUUUUGUCUGUGAAUAUGUUGGAGAGAUAGUUACCAAUACAGAACUAUAUGAGCGAAAUAUGCAUAACGUUGGUAAGAAGCAUACAUGCCCGGUGCUACUAGAUGCAGACUGGGGUUCAGAGGGUGUCUUAAAAGAUGAAGAGGCACUUUGCUUAGAUGCUACAGUUUAUGGAAAUGUUGCAAGAUUUAUCAAUCACAGAUGUUUUGAUGCUACCUUGGUUGAGAUCCCUGUUGAAGUGGAGACCCCAGAUCAUCACUAUUAUCAUGUUGCCCUUUUCACAACAAGGAACGUUGAUGCUAUGGAGGAGCUCACUUGGGACUAUGGCAUUGACUUUGAUGACCAUGAUCAUCCUGUGAAGGCUUUCCAGUGUCUCUGUGGAAGCCCAUUUUGUCGUGGCGGCAACCUUUAA